CACGCACCAACCUCCUUCCACCUCCAACUGGCGCCUGCGUGGAGCGCGGACCGGUGCUCGCUUCACCGAUCGCGUCCCAUGGAUGGAUCGGCGAUCGCCCACAGCGAUGAUCCCGAAUGUCCGUCGAUGGAGAUCCCCCUGGACCCCGAGCUGGUCCGGGGAGUGCCGUUGCACCACUGCCUGCGCGGCUUGGGCCACCACUGGCGCCGCCAGUCCGCAGGAGCGGACUUGGACUUGAGCCAGAAAACCGAGCACAUCGACUACUUCUUGAGCCACGAUUGGGAGACCUCACGCUUGCUGAAGUGGAUGACCUUGCUUGUGAUGUUCAACGCUCCGGCCGCAGCAGUUGUGACCCUGAUCGUCACUGGUGUGAUGAUUCCCUUUAGUGUCUUUGGCUUCAUCCCCUACCAGCUGGUCCUUUGGCAGCCUCUCGUGGGCCAUCUCAGCUACCUCAUCAUGCUCCUCAUUUGGCAAGAUUUGCGACGUCUUUGUCGGAAGCCUCUUCUAGUCUUCUUGGACAAGCUGUGUAUCGCACAGCGUGACCUCUAUCUCAAGGAGCGAGGCAUCCGUGGCCUCGGCAGCUUCUUGAAGUGCUCACGGUCCUUGACGAUCUUAUGGUCCCCCAGGUACUUCUCCCGUCUUUGGUGCUGCUAUGAGGUGGCCUCUUACCUGAAGGAUGAGAGUCAUGCUUCUGGCAAAGCGAAGCCUAUCGAACUGAUUCCAGUCACCAUGGCUGGGAUGCUCCUGAUUGCUUCACUCAUGGCGUCCAUGUGGCUCUUGGCGCUUUGCUGCCUCAUGAGCUUCGGCUCGAUCGCUUCGGAGCUCCUCCAGGAUCGGGUCCUCUUUGAGCUCUUUGGCAAAGGCAACAUCUUCGUGCCAUUUGCGACAUACUUGGCACUGGGUUACACAAGCCUAUUUGAACUUCCAGAACAUCUCAGUGAGUUUCGAGUGCAAGAGACCCGAUGCUUUUGCUGCUCCAACCAGCAUCGACACCCCUUCAGCGAUGAAGAGCUCCCUUGCGACCGCGAGCUGGUCUUCGCCACGCUCCAGAAAUGGUUUGGAUCAGCACCCGAGGGUGAAGAGGACGAGGAGUACUUGGAUCGAUUCAACCUCUUGGUCCAAGAGAAGUUGAGCAGUCGAAUGUCCAGCACUGUGGGAAGGGGCCUGCCGCCUUUACGCCACGUCCUCUCCACGGUUUGCGUGGCUCCGGUCCCUUUCUAUUCCGUCUUUGUGACCAUUUGGUUGUGGGAGCUGAUGCAUGGCGAAGAGGAAGAAGAAGAGAUGGAGUCGUCCCUGCGUUGGACCGAGAACCUGCUGGAGCUUCUGGGGCCACCUUUGUAUGGCAUCUUAAGCCUCUUAGCGAUGGUCCUGCUUUGCCGCCUCGUCUUCCUGGCGCGGAAGCGCUUGGGGCUUCCCAGUCGCAUCAGGUGGCUCACACGAGUGCUGCUUUCCUUGCUCCUGAGCCCACUGUUGGCGCUCGUCUUGAGCUUCGCUGUGUGGGAUCCCCUCUUUGUGGUGGAAGACCAUCCACUUCUCUCUUUGGUCUUGUUCUUCGUCUACCUGUUCGUGGCACUGGGCACCUUCUGCCUGCCUUCUUUCAGCUCCACAGGUCCGUGGUGGCCACGGAGCAAGUCGGCGCGUGGCAAAGAAGAGCCCAGCAGCACCCUCGUGCAUGAGGUUCCCAACAUGUCGAUCUUGGAGGAAGAGGAUGAGUACGUCUCAGAGUAUUUUUGAUGACAUAUUCAAUCAUAUCUUCUUUGUUUUGACGACGUGUUUUCUAUUCAGCUGUGUGAUUCUGCCGUCUUGGGGGCGCUGGAGGAGUUCUGCUUAUUGUCAUGGGGCGGCAGCUAAAAGAACUCGGACUUUCAGUGUCGAUCUCCAAACCCACCUGAAAAAACCUGCCAAAAGCAAUCUUCACUUACAGAUGGUAGUUCAUGGUUUUUCAAACCUUGACUUCUGUUUGACUAUAGGUUU